UUGACAAACUAUGUUUGCUCGGUCCCUGACGGCAGCAUAAUGUCAAUAGUCUAAGGCUUUGAGCCAUUUACACCAAACCGUUUAACAGUUAGUGAACAGUGCUCGAGUUGAUAACGCGAAGUGGUUGUUAUAAAUCGCAAAAGAAUGGUGGUUAUAGGAGAAACGAUUGUUAAAGAGGGGGGUGACAUCACAUACAAGGACAUGAUUGACGAGCCACAUUUAGAAGACUCCCAGAUACAGAAAAUGUUCGCUGGUGCCUCGGUGUUUAUAACUGGUGGUACUGGAUUCCUUGGGAAACUCUUUAUUGACAAGUUACUCAGAUCUUCUCCUGGCCUAAGAAAGUUGUACGUUCUCGUCAGAGCUAAGAAAAACAAGGAGCCUAUAAAAAGAUUAGAAGAGCAACUAAAUGAUGUUCUUUAUGAUCGACUGCGGAAGGAACAGCCCGACUUUAUCAAAAAAAUUUACGUGGUUGAGGGAGAGGUGAACCAAGAAAAUUUAGGGAUAUCUGAAACGGAUAGGCAGUUGCUUAUCAAUGAGGUGGAUUUCAUAUUCCAUGGGGCUGCUACUGUUCGUUUCGACGAGCCCUUAAAAGUGGCUGUCGGAACCAACGUACGAGGGUCCAGGGAAAUGCUAUUACUUGCCAGGUCUUGUACAAAGUUGAGAGCAUACGUACACAUCUCUACUGCCUAUAGUUACUGCACACAACUAGAUAUUGACGAAAAGUUCUACAAAAGCUCACUAGAUGGCGAUCAACUCAUUGACUUGGUCGAAAACAUGGAUGAGGCUGUUUUGAAAGACAUCACACCUGGGUUAGUGGGAAAUUAUCCAAACACAUAUGCUUAUACCAAAGCGGCCGCCGAAGAUGUGGUCUUAAAACAUUCUAAGGGACUACCAGUUGCCAUGGUCAGACCAUCUAUUGUUAUCGCCACAGCACGGGACCCUAUAGUAGGAUGGAUUGACAAUGUUUACGGACCUACUGGGGUGGUGGUUGGUGUAGCAGUUGGCCUUCUUCGAGUGUUACUGUGUAACCGCCAUGCAGUCGCCGACCUGGUACCAGGCGAUAUGGUUGUGAAUGCAUGUAUUGCUGCAGCCUGGAAAACUGCCAAAGACUAUCCUGGAAACCAUGAGGAUGCUCCACCUCUUGAUCAAGCUCCGCCUGUGUAUAAUUUUGUAUCCUCAGAAGAAAAUCCACUUACUUGGGAUAACUUCUUGCAUCUGAAUCGUCGUUAUGGCUAUGAAGUUCCAACUAUUCAAGCUGUAUGGCAUUACAUCUUACUCUUCACAACUUCAGAAUACCUAUUCAAUUUCUACUGUCUGCUACUACAUUGGAUACCUGCUUACAUCAUUGACGGAAUUGCUGUACUUAUUGGGAAAAAACCUGUAUUGAAAGUUGCGUACCAGAAAAUAGAAAAAUUCUCACGCGUCAUCGGCUACUUCUCGUGUCGGUCUUGGAAGUUCUCCAAUCAAAACGUUCAGAGUUUAUAUAAGGAGCUAUGCGACGCCGAUAAAGAUAUUUACGACUUUAAUAUCGCGCAAUUAGACUGGAAGAUGUAUUUCUAUAAUCAAGUUCGGGGAAUAAGGUUAUAUUUGCUCAAGGAUCCUAUGGAGACGGUACCACAGGGCCUAAAACGGUAUUUUAAGCUAAAAGUAGCUCAUUAUUUCAUAUUAGCAAUUUUAGGUUUUAUUGUAUUCAAAUUAUUGAGUUGGAUAUUUUGCAUGUUUUUAUAAUUGUAAUUUAUUGCACCGACUUGUAGUUGAAUAUCAUAUAUCAGAUAUAUUAUCACCAAUAUAUCAAGUCAUGUUCUGAGUCCUUAAAGAUGUCUGUAAAAGAUUUAGAUACCUGGAAUGUGGACACAUGAGAUAUUUCCGAAAAAAAAUACAAAAACAUGAAGCUAUUAGGUUCAUUAUGAUUUGGUGGUACCAAACAUGGACUCAUUGAAUAAAUGCAAUGGUUUUUUUUCAAAUAAAUCUAUACAGAAGUUUAAAUCGAGAUUAAGGUCGUCAGAGUAUAUACAGAAACAAAUAGCACUGCUAUAACUUUCCAAAAGUGGUAUCUAUCUUUCUUUUUCGAAUUGAAUGUCGCUGUUUACAUUUUCGCAUCAAUUAUUGUUUUCAUUUUAUUUUAAGUUUAAAUUUUAUUUUUAAUUUAUAGUUUCUUUGUGAAACGUUUUCAGGAUACUACUAUAAUUAUAACUUGUAUAUAUAUAUAUAUAUAUAUUUACAGAAUUUGUUUUUGUGACCUGUGUUAUGUUUCCUUAUCAAUAAUAGAUACAAAAAAACGAUGGGAUCACUAUUUAGUCACUAUUUACUAAUUAGCUUAUCAUUGCAUUAUUUAAAGUAAUUAUUAAAGAUUAAAACACAAUCCAUUAUGACGUUUUGUCUGAUGAUACAGUAAUCAAAUAUUUCGAAUUGUAUAUAGUUUUAUUUAAGUAUAGUUUAAGUUUGGUGGUUUAAAAUUAGUUUAAUUUCCAUUUAUAUGGAAUACUAUCUCAUUGCCUUAAAUAUCUACUGAAUUUCUUAUCACUCGUGUUUGGAACACGUAAACUAAAUCAAGUUUAUAGUAAAUUUAUAAUUAAGGACUUUUAUGAAAAAAAUGAAAUUAAAAAUAAAAUAUAGCAUUUGAAAGAGUACAAAAUUCUAAACAAUUGUGUAUAAAGCUGCGAGAAACUAAAAUAUUAAAUGACGGAUAUGUUAAUUGAUUCCAAGAAUCUCUUAAAUUAAAAUCUCUUUUUUGUACCUUUUCAUGUUUGGUAUUGAUACUUAGAUUAAGAUUCAGUGUUGAAACUUAGCGCUAAGUAUAGCGUGCGACAAAACCAAUAUUUGAUAGUCUUUCACUAAGUCUCAACUCUGAUCCUAACUUUAACCCUUUAUUGAUAAUCUGUCUCUUCUCCACAGAGUAAACGCAAUUUGACAGAAAAAUACGAAAUUUUGAUAAAUGAAUGUAAUUGCACUAAUUUAGUUUUUAUGAAUAAGAGGUAGUCUCGAAAAAUUUAGUACGUUUCAAAUAAGUUUUUGGUUACAUGUGGGUAUUUGGUUUUUCCUGAUUACUGAAAGUCAUUUGUAAUAAUUUCUUCAUUUGUCAGUUUCUGCUAUUAUAUAUUAAGGCAUACCCCUAAAAUUACCGUAUUUCCUUCUAAUAACGGUAAUUUAAUGUAUGGGAUACAUAAAAUUGUGAUAAUUUUUGCUCAUUUAUUUUUAAGGUAUUUUUGUAAUAUGUUAAGAGGCCAUUGCAAUAAAGUCUUUGAAACUUG